CCGCCGCACAUCAUUACGUCCUCCUCCCUCCAUAGGUACCGGCACCGCCGCACACGUCCCCACCAACGGUCAGGUACCUCACUGCGCAGAGGUACCUUGGAUGCAACGCCAAGACUCGCCAAGACUUUCCGCUCGCCCACUCAGACCACCACUGCCCGAAGAGUCAAAAGAACACCCAUCGCCUGUUCGCUUCGUUUCUUCCCUUCUUGUUUUUCUCCUUUGCAAUCUACAAAUCAUCUUGAAAUCUACAAAAUCAGAGAGAUCUCCUCUUCUCUUUUUUUGUUCAACAUUUUCAGUCCUAUCCAUCUCGCUACCGCAACGAAAAAAAACUUGCCUUGCCUGUUCCGAACUAGCGCCAUUACGCCCCCGACGCUUCCGCAUUGGUACAUCUAGGUUCAAGCUCUUCGCCAAUCACUUAUACCGCCUGCAUUGCGCUUCCAACCCGCGCAACAGCCUUCUUUUUUCACAUCAACAGUCAAAAUGUCUGCACAUCUCGCAGAUACGGUGUCGCCGCCCACCAGCGUCGACUCCAAGUCCGCCUCUCCUCCUUCUAGCGGCGAGACCGACAACCUCACCUGCCGCUGGAACGCCUGCGGUCAGAAGUUUCCUUCUCCCGAGAUUCUCUACGAUCACAUUUGCGAGCGCCAUGUCGGCCGCAAGAGCACCAACAACUUGAGCCUCACUUGCCAAUGGAACCAGUGCCGCACCACCACCGUCAAGCGUGACCACAUCACCUCGCACAUCCGUGUCCAUGUUCCUCUCAAGCCUCACAAGUGCGAGUUCUGCGGAAAGUCCUUCAAGCGCCCCCAGGAUCUCAAGAAGCACGUCAAGACCCACGCCGACGACUCUGUCCUUGCUCGCGGCCAUGACCAGAACAUGAACUACAGAACUCAGCCCAAGGCGCCCAGCUACUACGAUCACAACCAGAUGAGAACCGGCCAUGCCUUCCCCCAGCCUCACCCUCACAACGGCUACUAUGGCCACGCACCCCAGGCCUCUACCAACUACGGUCUCUACUUCAACCAGCCUACUAUGCACGCCCCCCGCGCUGAGCACAUUGGCUACUCCGCCCCGGCUCCCGGCUACACCUACGACAACAAGCGCACCUUUGACAUGGUCGACGACUUCUUUGGCAGUGCUAAGCGCCGCCGCAUCGACCCGUCCUCGUACGCUGACAUUGGCCGCUCUCUGCUGCCCCUCCACGGCGCCAUGGCUGUCCCCAGCGGCCCUCUCGGCGGCACCGAGCAGUACAUGCCUCAGCCUGCGCACUCCUCCGUCGCUGUCGGUAGCGUCCCUGCGCUCUCUCAGAACCCUCUGGCCCAGCAGUACUAUCUGCCCAUGCCCAGCGCACGCACUCAGAAGGACCUGAUCCAGAUCGACAACCUUCUCGGCCAGAUGCAGGACACCAUCUACGACAACGCCAGCCACGCUACUGCCGGCGUCCACAUCCACUCUGGUGGUGACUCCAACUACGCCGCCGCUCACGGCUUCCGCCAGACUCCCUCGCCGGCUGCCCUGCACCGCGGCUCUCCCGGCACCAUCCCCGAGGCCUACGCCGUCUCCGCCGCCAACAUGGCCUCGCCUCUGACUGCCAUCUCCUCCACCGGCACCCCCGCCGUCACUCCUCCCUCCAGCUCCAUGUCCUACACCUCGGGCCACUCUCCUAGCCCCUCUGCCUCUGGCCUCUCCUCCUCCGGCCUCUCUCCUCAGCCUCGCCACUCCACUGCCGCCUCUGUCAUGUACCCGAGCCUGCCUACCAGCCUUCCCGCUGUUAGCCAGGGCUUCGGCCAGUCCACCACUGCCACUCUUGGCCCUACCUUUGACGCCAACGAGCGCCGCCGCUACUCUGGCGGUAUGCUCCAGCGUGCUCGCGGUACUCCUCCCCGAUCCGUCACUGAGGAAGCUGCUUCCGCAAGCACCACCCCCAAGGAUGCUGGUUCGCCCUCUUCUGACUCUUCCGAUGUCAGCGAGGCCACUCGCGAGCGUGAGGAGCAGUACGACCGCUGGCUCGAGAACAUGCGCGUCAUCGAGGGUCUCCGUGAGUACGUCCGUCGCCGUCUUGAGCGCCGCGACUUUGUCGAGGAGGGCGCUGCCUCUCCCGACGCCAUGGACAUUGACGUCAAGAACCCCAAGCUGCCUGUCAAGGAGGGUGGCAACUCUCUCUACCCCAUUCUCCCUGUCCCUCGCUCGUAGAGCAGAAGACAUAGCGUGGACACAUCUUCUACUGGUUAUCUUGGGUGGCGUUUUUACUCUGAUGGUGCAUGGCGUUUUAUCAGGUCCAGUCCCGGGGCGUAUGGCGGGCAAAAAUGAAAAGCCCAAUUUCUCUUCUUUCUUUUCCCUUCUUACGCCAACCCGGUAUAUUAUGGCAGCUGUCUUUAUGGGAUUUUGUGUGGAUUUUCUUCGCUUCAAACUUGUGCGAACUCUUUUGUCAUGUCACCUUCCGCUCUGGCGAGCUGUUUUCACUUUUAUCUGUUAGAUUUUGAUAUAGGAUUUUUACUGGCAUUUGCACACAGUAUAACAUACUAUAUACGAGCAAGUUGAGCCGCUCUACUUAUGAAUCAAACCCUACUUCUCAUACAAAC